GCAGGGUGCAUACACUUGAAUUUUUGAGAAUCGCAGAGGAGGGCGCUUGAAGGUAAAUAGCUCAAAUGUUAUAUAUGCAGUAUUUGAUUAGCAUUCACUGGGCUUACUUCAAUCAAAAGUGACUUAAAUCUGCUAAAACUGAUAGUCAUACCCAUAUUAAUCCGCGGCGUUGGCAUCUUUCCACACUGUUGCGAACUCUGCGAAAGAAACUACUCCUACUGUUGCUGUUGCUGUUGCUGCUGCCUGCGGCUGUUGUGGCAACAUCAUCAUCAUUCAUUUGCGCCCAGGUGCGUUUUCGUGUGCACUCAGUACUUCGCCGCUUACUUGUACUCGUAUUUGGGUUUUGGGUUUUCGCAUGGCCUGGGGAUGGGGCUGGGGAUGGGGUUGCCGGUGUCUAUUGCACACCUUGUGGCAACUUUCUGCGGAUCCUUGCAACGAAGCCACACGUGAGUCGCCCUCUUCUUGUUUGUUAUUCUUAGAACUUGCGCCUGAUUCCGCUUGGCUGGUUUUGGUGUCUGCUCGAGUUUUAGUUGCUGUCUGCAUUUCGUUUCUGGUUUCCGCUCCUGUCGCCUGUUUUUGGCCGCUUCUGCUGGUCUGGCCGAUGUGUUGUUCUAUCUAUUAAACUUGAAUAUACGAAGAAAUAGUAAAUACCCAUCUGAAAUUACCAGCUAAGGCUGAAGGUGUCCCAUAAAUCGACUAUUGUCAAGCAGAAAGAUAGUAAGCAAACAUCUUUAGAGUUUUGUGUAUCUGAACAUAACACUCAGUUUGGGCUUUGUUUGGGCUGAAGGUGUCCCAUAUGUCGACUAUUGUCAAGCAGAAAGAUAGUAAGCAAACAUCUUUAGAGUUUGUAUAUCUGAACACAACACUCAGCUUGGGCUUUGCUGCUUUCCUACUACGACUUUACAAGCUUCAAUCGAUAAGGUCACCGCUCCAAGUCUUACGCAUAAUGAAAACAGCUUUAGCAAACUUUUCGCCAACAGUUCAGAAUCAAAACAGAUGGCGAGGCCGAGGUACUGUGGCUUUUAGAGGCAGGUUCCGGAUCAUUCAAAAUUCGAUAUGUCGUCUAGCUACACACGCCUGUUCCGCGUUUUAUUCGUGAUCAUUUUCAUCAAGUUUCUCUUCCUUCUGGCACUUUAUUUGCACAGCUACGAUGGUGUUGCCCGCCUUCAGAGGACUUCGCAAGUGGAUGUAUUCGAUGAGCUGCUCGUAGAUCGGAGAGGAAUGCCUUCUUUGGAGCAGCGAUUGCAAUGGAUCCGCGCGGAAAUGCCGUCCUUUCCGCUGGAAGAGCUGCUGGCCAGAGAAAACAAGAAACUGCCUGCGGCGAAGUGUGGACCCGCGCCCGAUCUGAUGAACAUUGACUUUCACAACACCUACUGGCAGAGGGCUAUUAAUGGCAACCUGACGUACUACCUCUUCGCAGCCUACUACGAUGACAGAGAGGCGGUGCCAGAGGAGCCGCUCGUGCGUCUGCUGGCCAUGGUGAACCAGCACCAGAACAAAUCCUUCGAGUACCCCAAAAUCUUCUGCCAAUUUUGGUUCGAGGGCAGGGCCAAGCCCGUGAUUGUUCCCGUUUCGGAGCACAAGGUAAUGUGGCCCUUUUAUCAUGCGCCGCGGCGGUACUACCCCACAUUCUUGAGCUGUCCUUUGCCAGAGGGCAAGCACCAAUGGCUGGUGCCCAAAAUGGUCUCCUUGGUGGCUAGGAAAUGCGAUAUGGCCAGAAAUCUCCUGCGCGUGGUUUACGAAGUUGAUGAGCCUGCCGUGGCGGAAGAGUCCGUGGUGAAUGCCUCAUCCUCAUCGGCGGCAACAUCAUCCACGGAUCCAAAGUUCGUGGUAUGCGUGAAGGCCCUGGACUUUCCAUAUGAAGAUAAGUCUUGGCGAUUGAUCGAGUGGCUGGAGCUGAUGCGUUUGCUGGGCGCCCAGAAGGUGGUGCUCUACGACGCCCAAAUGCAUCCGAACAUGACGAGGGUGGUCAAGGACUAUGUGGUCACAAGUCCCGGCUUUGUGGAGCUGCGUCACAUGUCUUUGGGCAGAGGUGAACCGCACGCUGGACCGCACUUCCAUCACUACGCCAUGAAGGCCGACGGCUUCAAUCGGAUUUUGAACGAGAUGAUACCGUACAACGACUGCUUCUACCGCAACAUGUACAAGUUCGACUAUGUGGGUGUGUUCGACAUCGACGAGGUAAUCAUGCCCCUCGGAAACGUAACCACCUGGCAGGAGUUGGUUAAACUCGCCCGCAUUGUGCCGGACUACGAGAGUCGCACGUCGGCGGACUGCACUGAUUGGGUCAGCUUCUGCUUCCGCAACGUGUACUACCCCAGGUAUCCGGAGCGUCCGAAGGUCUACCGGAAUCUAUCGAGCUCGUUCUACAUGCUGCAGCACGUGGAGCGGGUGCGUCAGCACUGCAAUCGCGGUGCAGCAGCCAAGUGUCUGCAUGACACCCGAUUUGCCGUGGGACUGCACAACCACUUCACCUUCUUCCACACCGAGGAAUCCGCCUGCGCCGCCAAAUCGGUGCCCAUUGAGUUUGCCCAAAUGCAGCACUAUCGCGAACCCGACACCAAGGCCCUGCUGAUCGAUCCCAUUGUGGAUGCCAGUAUCUGGAGAUUCCAGCCGCAGUUGCAGGCCAGAGUGGAGGAUCGAUACCGGAGACUGGGCUUCCUGCCCACCGAGGAGGAGUUGGCCAAGACCCUGGAGAAGCGCCGACUUCGGGAUGAACUACUCUUGAAGGCGGCAGUGGGCGGAGUCUAG